AUUUACGUGUGAAACAUAUGCAGGCCACCCGCCUAAUAUAUGCAUGCUACUGCUAGAGAUCCAAUCUAGAUCACGCCCACAUGCUCUCUACGUGUAAAGCCUGGUGCCCGUGCUGCUAGUUGCUCAUUGAUCUAUUGUCACUUGUGCUCUCGCAUCAGUCCGUCGGGUAGGAACUCCACCCUAUAAGAAGCCCGGCAUUCCACUCCAUUAGGCAUCAACCUCCCAGCACGAACCAACCCAGUCCCUGCUACAUAUUCAGUUUUUGCAACCAAUCCUCGCCAACCAGACGCAAGCAUGAGGCCCCAGGUGCUGCUCGCCGCGCUGGCCAUCUUCGUCGUCCUUGCAGCUGCUCUGCCCGUCAUCCACGGCCAAGGUGCGACCCCAAGCGCGUCGCUGUGCUGCAACAACUGCGGCACCUGCACCAGGUCUAUCCCGCCCAGGUGCACGUGCAUGGACGCCUCGCCCAGCGGCUGCAACCCGGCCUGCAAGACCUGCGACAAGUCCACCAUCGCCGGCCGCGACAGCUUCCAGUGCAAGGACCGCGUCGCAAACUUCUGCCAGCGCAGCUGCACUAAGGCCACGUGAUUCAACCUGCUGUCGCCCGAAUAAUGCCGAUUAGCUUGUGCUUUUCCUUUGUUUUUUGCAGUAUUUGAGAGUUCCCUCUGCAUCUUGCUCUGGUAGAUGCAGAGAAGAAAUGAGAGUUGGAUGCAUGCUCGUUGUUCCUUCUUGUGUCUGAAAUAAAGAGCAUAUUCUUUGCUCAAAAUCUUCUUUGUUAAACCAUUUAUGCAUUGCGACCA